AUGACCACGGCUCUAGAGGGAAACGGCUUCAAAGCAGACGCAGUGUUGUAUCAUUGCGUUUUUGCCUUCGCCAUCGGAGCCGAGCUGGUGUGCAUGGCUAAGCUUCGGGGACUUCUUCCGGGUAGUAUCCGAACGGUUCGUGCAUCUACAUCUUGUGUAACCAUCUUCAAUAUCAUUCAGCUUUGCAGCCACCGUCCAGUCGACCGCACCGGUACAUGCGUAACACUCAAAGCCGGCAUAACGUUUGGAGCUGUGCCGUCGAUAAGGCACGACAUGGCAGCCAAAGACGCGAUUGUAGCUUACAACACUCCUCAACGUCAGCGCUGA